AUGACACAAUCUGCGCGGCCCAAGAGAGCCGCGCCAUCCGACAAGGUCUGGGCCACCCUCAUCACCAACCUCAGCUACCUCGCCGGCGUCCUCACCCUCGACCACUCCCUGCGCCGCGUCCACUCCGCCUACCCUCUCCUCGCCCUCUACACCGACGCCCUGCCCGCCUCCGCCCUCGCCGCCCUCGCCGCCCGCGGCAUCCCCUCCCGCCGCGUCGACCCCCUCGCCGCCUCCUCCCCCGACGCCCGCGACUUCUCCUCCAGCCCGGACCCGCGCUUCGCCGACACCUUCACCAAGCUCUCCGUCUUCUCCCUCGUCGAGCACGACCGCGUCGUCCUCCUCGACUCCGACAUGCUCGUCCUGCGCAACAUGGACGAGCUCAUGGACCUGCCCCUGGACGACCCCUCCCUCGCCGCCGCCGCCACCGCCUCCCCGUCCUCCUCGUCCAGGGUCUUCGCGGCCAGCCACGUCUGCGCCUGCAACCCCCUCCGCAAACCUCACUACCCCAAGUCCUGGGUCCGGGAAAACUGCGCCUUUACGCGGCAGGCCGCCGACGACCCGGACCGCGCCCAGCGCGAGGGCGCCGACCCCCGCGGCCUGCCCGUCGCCAUGAUGAACGGCGGCCUCGCCGUGCUGCGCCCCUCCGCCGCGCUGUACCGCCAGAUCCUCGACAAGGUCGCGCGCGACGGCGGGGACAUGUACUUCCCGGACCAGGAGGUGCUGUCGGAGCUGUGGCGCGACCGCUGGGUCGCCCUGCCGUACGUCUACAACGCGCUCAAGACGAUGCGCCGGCCGGACGUCCACGCCGACGUCUGGCGCGACGACGAGGUCAAGAACGUCCACUACAUCCUCAGCCCCAAGCCCUGGGACGAGGUGGACGAGCACGGCAACUUCACCGGCGACGACGAGACGCACGGCUGGUGGGUGGCGGCCAAUCAGAGGAGGAGGGCUGAGGAGAAGCUCAAGGGAAUCACGGAUGGGUACUGA